AUGGCUUCUGUCCAAGGACUGCUGGAAUGGCCUUUAUCACUUGCACGUAAUGAUUUGCCGUUGGUCCUGGUGACCUCUGUUAUCAUCCAUGCAAUCGGCACUGUCAUCUACAAUGUUUACUUCCAUCCUCUAUCCAAAUAUCCCGGUCCCAUUUCAGCCGCGAGCACGAAUUUGGCUUACUGGUCUGCUACCGUGAGGGGCGAUCUCCUUCCCUGGGUUCAAGAUAUCCACAAAAAAUACGGCGAAAUCGUGCGCACCGGCCCCAACACUCUCAGCUACACCAACCCCGAGGCCUGGAAAGACAUUUACGGCCAUCGCACUGGCGGUAAAAAAUCCAACACGAAGGACCGAUUUUAUUACCCUCCAGAUUUCAACGGCCGUCAUGCAAUCAAUGGCAUUGCUAAUGACGAAGAGCACGGGCGCGUGCGGCGAAUCUUCUCCCACGCCUUCUCGGACAAGGCCUUGAAAGAGCAAGAGCAGAUCUUUGAGAGCUACUCAGACCAUCUCGUGGCCAAUGUUCGAAGCGGUGUCAAUGACAAAUUGGACAUUGCCAAGCUUUUCAACUGCACCACGAUGGACAUCAUGGCCGAUCUCACAUUCGGCGAGCCGCUUGGCCUGCUCGACAAAUCCGAGUACACGCCAUGGGUGGCAGCUGUUUUCGGUUGGAUAAAAGCCGCAGAUAUUUUUCGAAUCACGAUGGAGUACCCGUUUCUGGGCCUCCUGGCCAAGUAUCUGACGCCGAAAAGCUUGAUUGAGCAGCGGAAGCUCCACUUUCACCACUCCUCUGACCGCGUCGAUCGGCGUAUUGAGCGGGGGAGCGAUCGGCCAGAUAUCUGGAACUUUGUGCUCAAACAGCCAGAGGGCAGACGGCUCGACAUUGGAGACAUGCAUGCAAAUGCGUCAGUGUUCAUGCUCGCGGGGUCCGAGACCACGGCGACUUUGCUAAGCGGCAUUCUCUACUUCUUGUGCAAGAACCCGGACAAGAUGAAGAAGCUCCGCGAUGAGGUUUGGGGCAGUUUCGAAUCGGAUCAAGAGCUUACCAUAGAGAACCUCCGGAGACUGACGUAUAUGGCUGCCUGCAUUGACGAGGCUUUGAGGCUCUACCCGCCUUUGCCCAUAGGACCGCCACGAGAGGUGCAUCCUGAUGGGAACAUCAUCUGCGGAAGAUGGGUGCCAGGCCAGACUCGUGUGGCUGUUGCGCAAUACACUGCAUACCGGUCUCCACUAAAUUUCAAAGAUCCCGAGUCAUAUAUCCCAGAGCGUUGGCUGCCGAACACAGGGUAUGAGAACGACAGACGAGAAGUUAUGCAAGCUUUCGCAUACGGGCCACGCAACUGCAUUGGCAAAAAUCUCGCUUAUCACGAGUUGCGCAUCAUCUUGGCCAAGAUGUUGUGGAACUUUGAGUUCAAGCUCCGUCCUGAAAGCGAUGCAUGGAUCAAUCAAAAGUGCUACACUUUAUGGCAGAAGACUCCCCUGUGGGUGGAGGUGAGAGCUAUCCGGUAG